UCAGCUCUGUUCUAUGUUAUUCUGUCCUGGCUUUGGGGAUUCUCAAUUUUUUGUCAGAUCGUCUGAGAUCGUCAUUGAUGUCGGAUGGACGAAGGGAUGGAUACGUAAAUAACCAUGAAUAWUCUCUAUUUUACCACYCACAGCRUGGCUGUCUCCUACAACUUGGCAGGRAAAGARAUGAACAGAGAAGAUAACUUACGGUGUGGRUGGCUGGCYUUYAUUAACUGCUUCACUGGAAUCGUCGCCAUCAUAACACUCAGCGUAAUGAGUUUCAUCUCAUACCUCGGGAUUACUCAGGUUAGCACCGCAGAAUCAAGUCGAAUCCCCAAAAAAACAAUGAUGAUCAUCAUUGGCUCUAUCUGGCUGUUUUCGUUUGCYAUUUCUGUGCCACCGGCCUUUGGAUGGAGUUCGUUUGUGCCKUUUGAGAAUGGCAUCAGUUGUCACCCCGACUGGGUGUCUCAAGACACCKCUGACCAGGCUUAUAUUGCUCUACUUGUGACUGGUGGUUUCUUUCUACCUCUCAUAACCCUCGUGUACUGCUACUCUAAGACUUACAGAUACAUAAAAGGCAACACGUUUCCAGUUUCUGGCUCWAAUGAAGCUGUCCUCACCCGCCAAAUGGAAACCCAGAAAAGAAUGAUCCGCAUGACGGUGGUGGCUGUCAUCCUSUUCUUCAUCAGCUGGUCUCCCUACUGCAUCGUCAGUCUCAUGGCUACAGCCUACGGCAGACCCAUCCUGAAAGGUGGUAUUUCCCUCGUUCCUGAACUCAUGGCAAAAGCAUCGGUCGUGUACAACCCUCUGGUUUACACCUUCAUGAACACCAAAUUCAGAGUGACCUUGAAGAAUGUGCUCAGAUUGAACUACAACGCCGUCAACCCGACUAGCAGCGAUGAGAUUUGUGAUGCUUCGGUGACAGAUGUUGGACCGCAAACGGAAAGCGGCGUCGUCAAAGUGGACAAGUUUUCAAGAUAAUCCUAAAAACUUGCUUACCUCAAAACAUUCAAACUUUAUAUCUUCUGCCGUGGUAGAAAGGCGAACAUCUUUAAACCGCAAACUGAUUCUCAUAAAGAUUUUCAGACUUUU